GGCGCUGUGGUCCAGUUGCAGAGCUGCUGCUGCUGCUGCUGGACGAGUCAGCCGCACCGAGGCGACACCAAACGUGCUGCGCUCAGGGCGAACCUCAACACUGCUGGACCCAAAGGAAACCAAGAUGAAAAACCCACCACUGACCGCAGGAAGGAUUUACGCUCCCAUUAAAACCUUCUCUUCAUGCAUCAGCCAGCUUUUCCUCUGCUCACGCGGCUGACUGCUGUCGUUCCCAGAUACAGCCACACAGACUGGAAGACGACAGCGUGGCCGGAGUGUGAGAGUCGGGAGUAAAUUCAAACAGAUGAGUCACUUAUGAGAGACGAAUGACCUAACGAUGUCUGGAAUGGAGUCAUCCAGCAGACCAUGAAGCAAAGUGGACCAGCAGAAAGGGAGAGCGUUCUUUUCUGUACAAGUAUUGACUCAAUCAUUUGUGUUUCCAAUGACGAAAUAAUUCACAGGAACUGGGAGCUGAGAGGCAGUGACCUAAUUCAGGUCACUAGUCUGAUAAGUCGCCCGCCUCCUUAUUAAGUGAUGGAACGUCAUCAGAAAUGGAUUGUUUUGAUUGAGGCUGGAGUGUGUGAGGUUACAUGAUAUUAUUGAGAGUGUGAGCUUUGAUACAGCAGGCAGUUAUGUUGAGGCGCGGACUGCUAACUUGGGUGUCCCGUGUGGGGGGCCUGCUGGUGCUCCUCUGCUGCUCCCUCUCACUCCUCUAUCUGAUGACCUGCAGCCCUCCACAUUCUAACAACCCUCCGCUGAGUCACGUUUUACCCCAUGCAGGGUCCAACCACCCCAGCCUAGGAGGUACAGGGCCCGUUGGUGGGGCAGGACCCAGUGGGACAAGAGGAGGAGGCGAUGCUUCCCAAAGCCGGGGUCCGCCUGCAGCUCACUCUUACCAGAUGCUCCUCCAGGAGCGUGAGGAGCAGCACCGCCUCUACAUCUCCUCCUUAAAGAAACAGAUUGCUCAGCUGAAAGAGGACUUGCAGGAGCGCAGUCUGCAGCUGAAAAGAGUGCAGGAGAGCCUGAAAACGGCUGCAAACGGACCCGCCGAGGGGCAGAACGGGGCCGCUGAAUUACAAGGGGCUGGCUUCGGAGAGGUUCAGGGGGCAAAGAGCCAGCAGUCUGACCUGCAAGAGUUCCUCCGAACUCAGCUAUCAAAAGCCGAGAUAAGCUCUGGCACCAGGUUGGCCAACGAGUACGCCAUGGUGCCUUUUGAGAGUUUCACCCUGCAGAAGAUGUACCAACUGGAAAUGGGGCUCACGCGCCACCCAGAGGAGAAACCAGUGAGGAAGGACAAGAGAGAUGAGCUGGGAGAGGUCCUGGAGGCGGCUCUGCACAGCCUCAACACACCAUCAUCGCAUCAGGAUAACAAGGUGCCAGCAGAAAAGACACAAACUGGGAAAGUCUACACACCAUCUGACUUCAUAGAAGGUAUCAGUCGUACAGAGAGGGACAAAGGGACUCUAUAUGAGCUGACCUUCAGAGGGGAAGCGAGUCACGAAUUCAGACGUCUGGUCCUCUUCCGACCCUUCGGACCGCUGAUGAAGGUCAAAAACGAAAGGAUGGACACAACCAAUAUCAUGAUUAACAUCAUCGUCCCGCUCUCGAGACGAGCCGAUAAGUUCAAACAGUUCAUGCACAACUUCAGGGAAGUCUGUGUGCGUCAGGACGGCCGAGUACAUCUGACCGUGGUGUAUUUUGGGAAAGAGCAGAUGAGUGAAGUCCGGAGCACUCUGGAGAACAGAUCUAGGGAGACCAGCUUUAAGAACUACACACUGCUUCAGCUGGACGAGGAGUUUUCUCGGGGUCGGGGUCUAGACGUCGGGGCCCGAGCGUGGAAGGGAGGCAAUGUGCUGCUUUUCUUCUGCGAUGUGGACAUCUACUUCACCGCCGACUUCCUCAACACCUGCAGACUCAACACGCAGCCAGGUAAAAAGGUGUUCUACCCCGUGUUAUUCAGCCAGUACAACCCUGCCCUCAUUUAUGGAAGUCCAGAGCACAUCCCACCUGUGGAGCAACAACUGGCAAUCAAGAAAGACACAGGCUUUUGGAGGGAUUUCGGUUUUGGUAUGACUUGCCAAUACAGGUCUGACUUUAUUAACAUAGGAGGUUUUGACAUUGACAUCAAAGGCUGGGGCGGCGAAGACGUCCACCUCUACAGAAAGUACCUCCACAGCAACCUCCUGGUCGUCCGAGCGCCGUCACGCGGCCUCUUCCACCUGUGGCACGAGAAGCAUUGCGCCGACGAGCUGCCGCCAGACCAGUACCGAAUGUGCAUGCAGUCCAAGGCCAUGAACGAGGCCUCGCAUGGCCAGCUGGGAAUGCUCUUCUUCAGGCAGGAGAUCGAAGCUCAUCUCCGCAAGCAGAAACUGCAAAACCCAAAGAAGACGUGACUCUGGACUGAGAAAGGCUAGGCUCUGCGUCCAGAAGGUGAAAUAGUAUCUAAGAUUUGUAUAAUUCUGAAAGAAUUUUGAUAAAGUUACCUGAUUUGCUGUCCUUCUCAAGACCAAAUACAAGACUCACGCUUUUAUAUCUGUACAGAAAAUCCCAGGGAGCAGACAUGUUGUGGACUAAAAACUUAGAGAAAGAGUUUGGUUGAAAUAUUGUAUUUUGUAUUUUCACUCCAUAUGUAAAAUGUGGUUUAGGUACAUCUUUACUUACUCCUAUAAAAAAAUGCUACCAGCUAUUUGUAUUAUUAUUUUUUUUAAUUGUCCUUUGAAUUCAUGUUCAACAAGCAAAGUUGAUUGAGCUCAACCAUAUGAUGUAAAUCACAGCUAAAAAGUAAAAGAAGUGUCAAUCUUAAAUAAAGAAUUCAGAUUUGAUUCUAUAAAAGUCUGGGUACAUUUAAUUAAAAGUGAGAAACAUGCAUUUAUGGGUCCAGUGAGUGGUUUCAAUGCACUCAUCACAGGCUUCUAGCCUGAUAAUACAAUGUGAAACUUCAUAUUUGUUCCAAAUUUGAAUUCAUUGGGUAUGUUAUCUGAUUCACACAGUCAAAAUUAGACAUACAGGCUCAAAAAUAGACAUGCACUUCUAUAAAUAUUAGCAAAAGUGCCCAUUUGCAAGUUUCAAUUCAACCAUACGCUUUUUUAAACAGGCUUUUGGCAACACUGAAAUGGUGGAGAUCAUUUAAAUAGCCUGGUUUUCUGGUUCAGCUUUUAAUCAUAGUUCAAGCCAGUUUUGAUUGUUCAAUACACUUAUUAUGUUUGAAAAUCUAAUAUCACUGUGACCAAACAGAUCAUCUUUGUCUCUUUUUGAAUUUUGUUUAUCCACGUGGGCAGCCUCACAUUUCUAUCAAGCUUGAAAGUCUCUAUUGUAGAGAAGUUUCUUUUUGUUCCAGCAUCUGCCAUUUUAAAACAGGCUUGAACCUUGGUUGAGUCUUGGACGCUAUCAGAUGUUCCAAGAGAACCGUGACCCAAAACGCACAUCCAAGGCAAAAGUUUGGCUGGAUAAAGCUGGCUACCAAUAAGUCUCUAGAAUUGCUGCAACCUCAUUAAGACAUUACCCAGAAAACUAACCAAUUUAAACAAUCAUUUCUGAUAAAGAGAGGGUACAAAUACGUUCUCGUUUGUUACAAAAGCAUAUGGUUUUGCUACAGCUUACAAAAGCUCAUUAUCCAGAUACCAGUGGAAGUGGAGUAUGCCGGUAUUUGAGUCUAUAUGCAAAUGUUUGACAAUUCAAAAUGCAUUUAAAUAUUCAGUUCCAAUUCUGGUUUUUGGUCAGCAUUGAAAUUGUACACUUCAUAGUUUCUCCAUUCUGUAAAAAGAGCUGUUCAAAUUCUUUGAUGAAAAACUCAAAAUGAAUGUGACAUUAAUGUCCAUAAUUAUACGUGAACUUCUGUACAGAAUCAUAUAAAUGUCUGUGUAUAUGAGAGCUAUUUUAUGUUGUUUUUUUAUGCACCUGUGAGCCGUAUUACAUCUCAACUAUGUGCCUUAUGUAAAUAACGUCAGAUCCGUCUGUUUUUCAUAAUCAGUGAAAGUUUAACUUGCACUGAAGUUUUUUAUAUGUGUAAACAGAGCCACCCACUGGUUUGAAAAUGAAUAACACGCUGUUGAGCUAUCAGUGAAGGACUCUUUUAAAGUCUGUCUUGUAAAGUUUUACAUAAAUUAUUCUUUCAGUUGCCUUUGCUUAUGUAUUUAUAAUUAUGUUCUGUAAAUGUCUAGCCUUAGAAUUUGUAUUUUAUUUUUGCCUGCUUAGAAAGUAUUACAUUCAGCUCAAUCUAGCCUAAUUGGGGCCCCUGUUUUAAGAUGUGGAAAUAAGGCUAUAAAUUGUUUUAUUGCGGUAAAAUUAUAUACUGAACGUUUGGGGGAUAUUCGAGCUUUAAUUUGAGUAUAUGCAUUUCUAUCAACUUUUUUUUUGCAACAAAAUUGUUAUUGCUUCCCCUAUUGGCGCCCCUACUACUUCGUAUUCGCACAACCUCCUUUGUCACAAUAGAAAAGCAUUUCUCAUAUAACCAAACUCUUUGACCAUUCUUCUUUACAUAAGAGUCCUGGGUCCUGAUGUCGUCUUCUCGGUGAAAUGAGGAGAGAUAAGAUUAAGGUCUGUGGACUGAGAUAGUCAUAGAAAGUGAUUAAUGGCUGGAGCUUUUCCGUUGGUUGGUCUGUGUGAUUUAGAUCACUAUCCUGGUCUACAAUCUACUGUCAACCCAAUUAAUUUGUGUGGCAGAGGCCAACAUCAACGCUUCGUCCCCUCCACCUCAGAGAAAACGUUCAACACACAUGUGCCUGACUCAAAUUCAAUGUUCUCCUCUUGUUCCUAUUUUGACAAAGGGAUAGGAAAAAUUAACGUGUCUGACGUCAUCUAUCCCAAGAAAACUGGAAAUCAAAAUUACUUUAAAAGUAAAAUAAAUGCUACAUUUAUUCUAUGAACACUUUUUAGGCGUGACAAUAGCAGCUCUAGUGCUAUUGUGAUGGUGCUGCGACUUAUAAUGCUAUAAGUUAGAUUUUUAUUGUUGUUGUCAUUAUUAUUGUUUUGAAUUUCAUCAGGUGUUUUUACCAUCAGUACCAAUAGGCAUGGAUUUGAGUGUUGACAUUUUAAGAUCAGUGCUGUGUAAAUUAGUUUGUAAACCUUUUAAAGGGAAGUGUUAACAUUUAGUGAAUUUAUGUUGACGACGACUUAACAAGUCAGAGCAAUUUAUUUUUAAUAUCAAUUAGGAGGAGUUUUUUGUGCAAUAGGGAAGUAAAUUAUGAUUAAUAUUAGUAGUAAGCAACCAUUUAUUUAUUUUGAUGUAUUUUCCUGAAAAUCUUUUUUUAGAAUACUUGUGCAGCACUGGAUAAGGAUCCAGAAACAAAAUGACUGGCAAUCAUUUACUUUUUUCAACAAUCAUUAGAUUAUUUUGUCAGAUUGGUUUUGUAACUUUGUGUAAAUGAGUUGAAUAAACAUAUUUAUGCAUUGUGAAGGCUUUUUUCAUAUGCAAUACAUUGUUGAUCUGUAUUUUUCCAAGGGCAAAAAUGUUGGUCCUCUGCAAGAACAUAAAAUAAAACCUGACUGAUUCUGAUUCUUUUUGCAAAAACAUUUUACCAUGUAUGUUUUUAGUGCAGGGCGUCUGCCUUACCAAACUUAUUUGUUACUGAUUUGUUAGAAUAAUUAAGCACCUUGGGUGCUUUUCGCCGAAACAAAAAAAACCUAGAAGGUCAGUCGCUUUUGUGAAUGUCAGUCUGUCAGAAAUAAAAAAAAAUCAUUUUAAAGGAGUUAAAAACCAUACAAAAGUUCUUUAUUUUGAAAUCUGCCAAUUUGUCUCAUUGUUUCAUAAAGGAAUGUCCUGCUUCUUCCACGCACCACUUUUUACAUAUAAGAAACUUGUCAUUUGUAUUUUACUUUUAAGAAGAUGUUCAAUUUAAUUUUGGUCUCUCAAUUUAAUGCUGAACCUUUACUUCCUAACCUGUAGAUGGAGCCAACGAGCUAAUGUUUGUGUUUGGUAGACAACUCCUCUUCCUGUUUAACAUGCAUUACUGUAAUUUUUUUACAUUUAUUGGAAUUAAUCAGUCAAACUUUCCUUAAACUACUGCUCUAAACAUUUCUUUGUAACCCUAAAUUUUAGGGUCACUGUCUUGCGCAAAGGUGAACUCCCUUUGUACUUCACUCCACCCAGUUUCCUAUUUUGUUUCUGCAGAUUUUUAUCAAGGUCAAGACAAAUAUCUUUUAAACAUAUUUUAACACAUUACUUUGUGAACAUGUUUCUACAUUAUACAACAGAACAAAUAGACAUUUCAUUUUUGAAUGCUUUUAUUUGUUCAUGCAAAAUAAAUUUGAAGAGUUGACUUUUAGCGUAGAAUUUCUGUAAGUCACCCUGACAUGCUGAAUAUCAUCUUACUGGCCAAAUCCUGAGCUAUUGUUUUAUUCAUGCUUGGCUCACCAGGUGAUAUCCACUUCAUUAUCACAUUUGCCUUGUACCACGUGUGCUAUCAUGCUGGAAAGUUUGCUGAUAAUUAUUGGAUUGUGUGUACGGUAGUUUUUUUUGAGGGGGGGAUUUGCAACAACCUGCACCUGGGGAGUAUUUUGGUCUUUUUAUUCUUAACAAGAUUUUUUUUUUUUGUUCGCAUAUGUAAAAAAGAACUCAAGCUUUGUAUUCAUAAUGUUUUAAUCAUAACUGUCCUCUCUGUGAAUAAACAUCCAAUCUUAACAUCC